CGCCCAGCCACGAGCCGAACGCGAACAACAAUUUUGAAAUAUCUUCCAAAUUCUUUAGCAACGCGUUCCUUGGAACUCAUAUAAUUUAUAUAAUAAGCAACGCUGUGAAAGUGAGUGAAUUGCCAAAGAGAAUACCCUCCGCUGCAGCAGCAUCAGCAGCCGCCAUGCAGGUCUUCGAUAACAAUAUGCGCCGCGCCUCGCGACGCGCCUCGUUGCGACGUGGCUCGAUUUCGGCGCUGCCACAGAAAUCGGCGGAGAUUCCAUGGGACAUCUUUGAGCGACUUUUUAUGCCGUUCCUGUUCUGCCAGGCGGCGGCCAUUGUCAGUUCGCAUCUGCUGCAUGCGCUGAACAUUUCCAAUAUUUCAACAUUUGCGGUGUUCGUUUGGUUCGCCUUGUCCACGGUGGGAGCCGUGCUGUUUUAUCAUUUUGUAAAGGUUUCUGCUUCGGGCAAGGGUGUUUUAAUCACCGGCUGUGACUCGCCAUUGGCCUGGUAUCUGGCCAAAAAACUGGAUGAUCUGGGCUUUACAAUCUAUGCGGGCUUUAACACGCCCAUCGAUGACUCGGACGAGGCCAAAAUACUAAAGGAGGAGACCUCGGGGCGCAUGAAGUUGCUGCACGUGGAUGUUACCUCUGAGAAGAGCCUUUUGGAAGCUGCGCGAUAUGUCUCCCAACAUUUGCCGCAUGGCGCUGAGGGCCUGUGGGCUUUGGUGCAUGGCGCCCAUUGGAUUGCCCUCGGUGAACUGGAGUGGAUACCAUUCGCAGUGCUGCGCAAAAGCUUGGAUCUGAAUCUACUCGGAGCCGCGCGUUUGACUCAAAUCUUUUUGCCCCUGGUGCGCCGCGCCCAUGGACGUGUGGUAUUCCUUACCUCUGGCCUGAAUCGUGUUCCGUCACCGGUGCGUGGCAUCCAGUGCGCCACACAGGCCGCCGUGGACUGUUUUGCUGCCUGCCUGCGCCAGGAGAUGCGCACACGCGGCGUGGAUGUGUCCGUGGUGGCGGCGGGCGAGUUUGCUCCAGGCAAUGGCUGGUUGAACGAGACGGAGCUGCGCGAGCAGGCCAAGCAAAUGUGGAAUCAGCUGUCCUCGGAGCAGAAGAAAACCUACGGCGAGGACUACUACGAGGCGGCCAUGACAUCCGUGGAGAAAUACUCGCGCCAGGCCGCUGACAUUCAGCCUACGCUACGCGUGCUCAUCGAUGCCGUGACUAGAACGUUCCCCAUGGCCCGCUACACGCCCGUGACUGCCAAAGAGAAGCUGCAAAUAUUCCUGGCGGAGCACUUGGCGCCUUCGCUGUACGAGUCCAUCUAUGGCGAGCAAAAGAAAUUUGUCUACUGAGCGUUAUCCGUUUCUCGCCCAUCCCCCAACCCCCACCGUCACCCCACUUGUCGACGCCCACGCACAUUGUUUCCGUUCCCCGAAAUUUUUAUUGUUUAUCUAUUGCUCCGCUACUGUCUAAAGCGCAUUUAAAAUGAAGCAACGCGUUGUCGCCCAUUGAGCAUUUAGCAUUUCUCUCUUAUAUACUAUAUAUCUCAUACACAUAAACUUUUCUGAUUUUUUUUAUGAAAAUAUUGUGCGUCAGUAGAAUUUCACAUUUGUUGUGCUUUCUUUUUAGUUUCUAGCGUGAAUUGUAAUACAUAUACAUAUAACGAUAAAUAAAACCAAUGA